UUGAAGCUGGACGAGAUAACGGCGCGUUGGGGCAUCAAGGUAACGCAGGUGGAGAUACGGGAAAUCGAGCCGCCGCGCGACAUUCAAGAGGCGAUGAACCGCCAGAUGUCCGCAGAGCGUGUGCGCCGCGCCGCCAUCAUCGAGGCGGAAGGCACACGGCAGGCGGCGAUUACCGUUGCCGAAGGCGAAAAGCAGUCGGCUAUCCUGAAGGCGGAGGGCGCAAGGCAGGCCGAUAUUCUCUCGCCGAAGGCGACCAGCAAGCCGCCGUGUUGCGCGCCGAAGGUUUCAGCCUUGCUCUUGACAAGGUGA